UGCGUCGCAGUGUUGUUGCAAACGCCGGUCGCGUAGGUUGUUGCUAGUGUGAAACGUUGAGCGCAGCGCCCACCCACACACACAUACACAUAUGUACGUAGUCGAGUGCGCGGAGCAGUCAGUUGUUGCCGCCAAUUGAAUGGACAGUCGCGGUUAACGAAACACGAAAAGUCGUCUCGCCUCGCGUCGCGUGGAGUUCACUUGAGUUGAGUGGCGGCGAGUGUGUGUGUGUUUGCUUUUUUUUCGAACGCGCGAAACACGCGGCUGUUGCGGCGGUCCCGAGUGCAUUACUCACUAUUUUUUUUCGGUUACUUGCAAGUGAUACCCCUUAAACGACCCCUUCCCCCCCACACUUCAAGCCCCCUCGCAGGCAGCAAACGCCAAAGGUGAUUAUAUUCGGAAAAGCAACGCCGUGGAGUAAAUAACGGAGCGGAGAGCGGAUCAACACAAAGCGAGACUACCUUUGGGGUCAUAGUUCAUGUUUUCCAUAUACACUUUUUAAACGCCGAUGAAGUUUAAGACUUGCAGAUGAUUGGAUGAUUGGAGUCAAAUAAUAAAAAGGGUGUCCUCGUUCGGCAAUCGUCAUGGUCCUUCAAGCCAAAGGCAUAAAAACUGACACAAACAGGAGCAAACAACACACGUGAAUUGCAAAAGGACGAAGGAACUAAUUGCACAACAAACCUGAUUGCCGGGUUUUUAUUAAAUGGGUGGAAAGAGCAGCGGCAAGAGCAGGAGAAGCACGGCUAUUCGCGAGCUUAGAGCCCACCACUGUCCGCCGGGACAUUAAUUAAUCACGGCCUUGUCAUUCGCAAGGAUCGAGGAGUGGCCAAACGGCCAAGCGGCCAACCAAGCAGGAGUACAGGAGUACAGGAGACAGGAGACAGCAGAAGGGUGCAGAAAUCAAAUUAACAGUGCGUCAAAAGGAUUAACCCCGAGCAGGGUUUGGAGUUGGAGUUGGAGUUGGAGCACGUAAACCAACCGACCGACCCGGGAUCCACAUUCCAGGGUCAGCGGGUUACGCAGUUUGGAGCUUAGUUCGGAGCGUAGUUGCGAAGCUGCCUCCUUUGGCACGUGUUCGGCGGCUCGUCGUCGCGGAUUAGCGAUAAAUCCCGAUACAGCCGCACCACAACGAACGACAAAUCACACCCAGACCCACACCCACACCCACAACCAGGUUUAGAUUCCGAUUCAGACCCAGACACAGACCUCGACCCAGACUUGGAGCCACAACCAGCGAUGAUGGGCAACCGAGCGGAGGGGAACGGACGACUGGGUAUCCUCCUGCUGCUGGGAGUGCUAGUGGUCCUCAUGGCACUGCCACCACCCACGGCGGGCACCACCGACUGGAUGCAGAGCUGCGGCACCUGCCACUGCCAGUGGAACUCGGGCAAGAAGAGCGCCGACUGCAAGAACAAGGCGCUCACCAAGAUUCCGCAGGACAUGAGCAACGAGAUGCAGGUGCUGGACUUUGCCCACAACCAAAUCCCAGAGCUGCGACGCGAGGAGUUCCUACUGGCCGGGCUGCCCAACGUGCACAAGAUCUUCCUGCGCAACUGCACCAUCCAGGAGGUGCAUCGCGAGGCCUUCAAGGGCCUGCACAUCCUCAUCGAGCUGGACAUGUCGGGCAAUCGCAUACGGGAACUGCACCCGGGCACGUUCGCCGGCCUGGAGAAGCUGCGCAACGUGAUCAUCAACAACAACGAGAUCGAGGUGCUGCCCAACCACCUGUUCGUCAACCUGAGCUACCUGUCGCGCAUCGAGUUCCGGAACAACCGGCUGCGCCAGGUGCAGCUGCACGUCUUCGCCGGGACGAUGGCGCUGAGCGCCAUUUCGCUGGAGCAGAACCGCCUCUCCCACCUGCACAAGGAGACGUUCAAGGAUCUGCAGAAGCUGAUGCACCUGUCGCUGCAGGGCAACGCGUGGAACUGCAGCUGCGAGCUGCAGGACUUCCGCGACUUUGCGAUCAGCAAGCGGCUCUACACGCCGCCCACCGACUGCCAGGAGCCGCCCCAGCUGCGCGGCAAACUGUGGAGCGAGGUGCCCUCGGAGAACUUCGCCUGCCGGCCGCGCAUCCUGGGCUCCGUGCGCUCCUUCAUCGAGGCCAAUCACGACAACAUCUCGCUGCCCUGCCGCAUCGUCGGCAGUCCGCGUCCCAAUGUCACCUGGGUGUACAACAAGCGGCCAUUGCAGCAGUACGAUCCCCGGGUGCGCGUCCUCACCUCCGUGGAGCAGCUGCCGGAGCAGCCCUCCCAGGUGCUCACCUCGGAGCUGCGCAUCGUGGGCCUGCGGGCCUCCGACAAGGGCGCCUACACCUGUGUGGCGGACAACCGGGGCGGACGCGCGGAGGCCGAGUUCCAGCUGCUCGUGAGCGGCGACUAUGCCGGCGCCGUUUCCGCCUCCGACGGCAUGGGCAUGGGCGCCAUUGGGGCGCCAACCCUGGAUCCGCAGACGAACAUGUUCCUCAUCAUCUGCCUGAUCAUCACCACGCUGCUGCUGCUGGUGCUCGUGGCGGUGCUGACGCUCUUCUGGUACUGCCGUCGCAUCAAGACCUACCAGAAGGACACCACCAUGAUGAGCGGCGACGGCCUGAUCUCCUCCAAGCUGGACAAGACGCACAACGGCUCCAUGCUCGAGGGCUCCGUCAUCAUGGAGAUGCAGAAGAGCCUGCUCAACGAGGUCAAUCCCGUCGAGAAGCCGCCGCGCCGCACGGACAUCGAGAGCGUGGAUGGUGGCGACGACGUGCUCGAGAUCAAGAAGACGCUGCUCGACGACACGGUCUAUGUGGCCAAUCACUCGCGCGAUGAGGAGGCCGUCUCAGUGGCCAUGUCGGAUACGACGACCACGCCCCGAUCUCGACACACCUACGUGGAUGAUGCGUACGCGAACAGCUUGCCACCGGAUCUGCUGGCCUUUCCCGCCCGCGUGCCGCCCACCUCGCCCUCGAUGCAGUCCUCGCAGUCGAACAUCCCCGACCAGGUGAUCUACGGCAUCCGCUCGCCGCCGUCGCUGACCAGUCCGGUCUACACGCACAUGACGCCGCACGGCAUCUACGGCACCAAGACGAUGACGGCACCGCACAACGGCUUCAUGACGCUGCAGCAUCCCAAGUCGCGCAACCUGGCGCUCAUCGCCACCGCCAACAGCAGUCGCCAGCACCAGCACCAGCACCACCACCAACUGCAGCAGCAUCAGCACCAGCAGCAGCAACAGCAGCAGCAGCAUCCGCUGGCCACCACAUCGCCCUUCCUGCCCGCACCGGUCGUCUACUCGCCGGCCACGGGCGUGGUCAUGAAGCAGGGAUACAUGACCAUUCCGCGCAAGCCGCGCGCCCCCAGCUGGGCGCCCAGUACGUCCGGCGCCGCUGGCCACGGAACCAUACAGCUAAGUGAGUUCCAGAGCCCCACAUCGCCAAAUCCCAGCGAGACGGGCACCGCCACCACAGCGGAACUGCAGGCGGAGCCCGUGUACGAUAACUUGGGACUGCGCACCACCGCCGGCGGCAACUCCACCCUCAAUCUGACCAAGAUCGCCGGCUCGCAGGCCGCUGGUCAGCAGUACUCGAUGCGGGACCGGCCCCUUCCGGCCACGCCCAGCCUCACAUCGGUGUCCUCGGCGACCAAUGCCAGCAAGAUUUACGAGCCCAUACACGAGCUGAUUCAGCAGCAACAGCAGUUGCAACAGCACCAGCAGCACCAGCAGCUGCAGCAGCAGCAGCGACUGGGCUCCAUGGACACGGAGCCCCUGUACGGAGUUCGGCAACAGGGGAUCACGAUACUGCCCGGCUCCAGCAUCAGCGGGGCCGGACUGGGCCACGCCGCCUACCUUUCACCCGGCUCGGGCGCUGCCGUCUCGCCCAGCCACGCCAGCAGCAGCGGCGACUCCCCGAAGGCCGCCAAGAUCCCACCACGCCCACCACCGAAGCCCAAGAAGAAGAUGUCCGUGACGACGACGCGCAGCGGCCAGGGCAGCACCAGCCAGCUCUUCGACGACGAGGGCGAGGAUGGCACCGAGGUCUAGAUUGGCACCCACGGCGAUCCCCAUCGUCGGCAGCCGGCGAUGUGAUGCACUACAACCAAUUGAACCGAGAUGCGAUGCAAUGCGAUGGAAUGGGAUGCGUUGGCAUGUCGCUGCUGACAGCGAGCAGCAGUAGAUGCGGAUCCAGUGGACGAGGAAUGGGGAAUCCAUGGCGGGCUAAAAGCUGGAGCUGGAGCUGGAGCUGAUAACUUUAUGGCGUGGAGGGAAGGGUUGCAGCCCCCAGUCGACAACAAAAUACAACAUCAACAUCAACAUGAACAUCAACAUCCGCUGUUGCGGCUUGUAAAAAUAGCCGGCGGAAGGAUUCUGUUCCGUGGUUCACGCCACUGCUUGACUUGUGUGCCAAACGACUGAUGUAGGUUUUAGUAAUUAAAUCGAUGAACAUGCAACACAACAGAAGAAAGGCAAAUGCGACGAGCAAUAUGUAAUCGUCAGCGAGUUGGUGGAUGAUGGUUAAAAAGCAAAUAGACAGAGACUCAAAUCCGUUAGGGCGAUGAAGUCGCUUUUAGGAGCAUCUAAUCCCAAAUUCGUAUAGGCGGAUAUACGUAAAACCCAAUUUUAAAACCACCUUUUUUUGUGUAGACUAUAGCUAGUUCGGUACAAAAUGCAUUAUUCGUAUAUAAAGAGACAUACAUAUAUAUACACACCACACACAAUUUUAAACUUAUAUGAACCCUAGAACAAGAAAUAUCCUAUUAUGAACAAGUAUACAUAAAGAACUUUCAAAUCAACGACAGUUUGUUUAAGCGCAAUGAAGAGGAAUAAAACACUUAAUUUUUUCCAAAUUUUUUAAAAUUGUAAAUGUAAAGGCAUACAGUUAAUCGCAUUAGGCUACCAUAUAUAGAUACAUAUAUAUAAAUAUAUAUAUAUAUAUAUUAAUGAUAUAUACUUAUAUUAGCGUAAGGAACCACUUGCAUCCUUAAUUUUUUUUUUAGUUUUACGACAGCCACCACGCGAUUCGGGAAUUAAACUACAUGAAAGUAUAUUUAUAGCGGGUAAGUUUGUUAAGUGCGUUUAGCGGUAGGAUAAAGAGUUUGCAUUCGCAAUUAAAACAAUGAAUUGAAACUUCUAUGUAUACAUAUAGUCUAGAGGGAGGGCGCGCAGCUAUAAUUACGAUUGUACUAGUUAUAAAGACAUAUUAAAUAAAUUUGUAUGUACAUGGACUCACGUA